AUGGUUUCGAAAUCAAAAAUUUCAGAAUUUUCCUCGGUAUUCCGACCAAAUGCACCGGACGAUAAAUCAUUUCAGGCGGUUUUUCGUGCCAAUAAUUACUAUUCGAAAAAAGAUUACGAAUCUGCUAUAGAAGAAUAUUCAAAAGCCUUAUCAAUAUUACAAUCUAGUCCAGAAACAAAAAAGACAUCAGAUUUUGCUGCACUCGUGUUUUCUAAUAGGAGCGCAAGUUUUUUUCAACGCAAAAAAUGGAAGCACGCAGUAAAAGAUGCAGAACAGGUUAUUCGAAUAAGGCCUGAAUGGCCAAAGGCCGAAGCUCUUGUGCAAUUAGAGAAAUACGAAGAGGCGUUAGAUUGUUAUCACGUCGCACAACAGAAGGAUCCACGUAAUACACAAAUCCAACAUCGAAUAGAAAAAGCCUUAAUUCUAAGAGAUAAUAAAUCAAUGGGUCAAGAUAUAUGCAUAGCAAAGAACUCAAUAACGAACAAAAUACGUUGUAAAAUAUUCGAAUUUGCUGUGAAAAUGAAAAAUUUGAUUUAUGUCAUUGUUGAUAAUAGUACAAAAGAGUGUAUUGUCAUUGACGCUUGUUGGGACGUUGAUGGUAUCAUAAAAUUUAUCAAAAAUAAACGUUUGAAACUUGUUGGCGCCAUUGUAACACACCACCACUUUGAUCACGUUGGAGGAAAACCACCUCCACCAUUUAACCAACUCCCAAUAAAAGUUUCGGGUUUAUGCGACUUAUUAAAACGUUUUCCAAAAAUAAAUGCUUACAUACAUCCGUCAGACAUUCCACAUGUACUUAAAACAAAUCCUGAAUUAUCGGACCUAUUCACUUCAAUCCCUCUUUCAAAUUUACCAAUUAGAAAUCGUCAAUCGCAUUUAUGUAAUACAAAUAUCUUAUCAUUCAUAAUAAAUUCCACUCUUAAUUCCUCAACAUUAUCUAACUCAAAUGCAUCAAGAAUAAUUCCAACUCCACACAACUUCAUACUUUCAUUGGGUAACUUUACACUCUUGAGAUUUCUUCAUACACCAGGACACACAGAAGGUAGUCAAUCCAUAUUGGUUAAUGAAACAAGGUUAUUUACCGGCGACACUUUGAUGUGUGGUUGUACCGGAAGGUUAGAUCUACCUGGUGGUAAUUUAAAACAAAUGAAAAAAACUUUGAGAAAAAGGUUGGGUGAUCUGGAUGAUAAGAUCGUAGUGUUUCCCGGUCAUGAUUAUGGUGGUGAUUGGACUACUAUUGGGAUUGAGAAAAGAAAAGGUAUUAUUGGGAAGUCUAAAAGAAAAUAA